CUAAAAUUCGAGAAAAAAGGUGUUUGUGUAGUAAAAAAUUGUAUAUCAGUCACAUGGAAACCGUCAUACCCAGAAAUUCCAAACUUGAUUACAAAUAUUUUACCAGAUUUUGAGAAAAUACAAGAUAAAGAGCAGAAUACAAAGUUAGAUACAGAGUAUCCUGCUUCACAGACAGUAAAAAGGAAACUAUCAAAAAAGUCUGAUAUAAAUCUUCCGAAUGAAAUUAUGAUAGAAAUAUUUCAACAUUUACGAACAAAUAAUGAUAGAUUAGGCG